AUGGAUCAAAUUGCUUCUUGCAUUCAUGAUGAGCUUGCCUUGUUUGUUCAGAAAUAUAGAAGGGUUGUGAAAGAUAAAACCAAAGUCACUAGGAAUUGUCAAAAUCUUCCUAGUUUGUCUACAUGUGUGUCUCAAGGCAAUGUUUUUAAGGAGAUGUAUUUUUUGGACUUUUAUGGCUUUAGGGAGGACAAAAGUUUGAAGGGUCUUGUAAAGUGCUAUCUAUGUGGUGGUGCUGGUCACAUUGAUGUGGAAUGUGCAAAUAACCACAUGAUAGAGUCUAAUGGGAGAGAAGAGUCAAUUAGUGCACAAUGGAGUGAUAAUGAUAGUGAUGAUUCCAAUAACUAUAUCACUUCAUCUUUUGAAGAGGCAAAAAUUUUUGCCCUUGUUGGUUCUAUUCAUAACUCUAGCCUUGCUAGAGUUCGUGUAGUUAAGGAAGGAAAAACUUAUUCAGGAAAUCAAUCUGUGUCUAGAGAUGAUAGGCAGAAUGACCAGUCAUACAGGGAACAGGAUGACCAGGAACAGGAUGACCAGUCAUACAAGGAACAGGAUGACCAGUCAUACUUGGGUAUAUGUGAAAAGUAUGAUGUCCUUUUUAUUGAAACUUCCAAGCUUAAGGAAAGAAAUUUCUUACUUGAAAGGAAGACGUUGAAGAGUGAAAGGGAUUCAUUGAUUGUCAUUAAAAAUGACAUUUCAAACCAAUUGAAUGUGCUCAAGGAAAACAACUUGGUUUUCCAAGCCUCCAACAAGAAUUUGUUGACUCAGAUAAAUGAGGCAAAUGACACGGUGAUCAAGCUUACCAUAGGGGAUAAAAAGAUGGAUAAAAUGUUGAAUAUGGGUAAGGUUCAUCGAGACAAAACAGCUUUUGGUUAUGGUUGUUCUAGUUCAUGUGUUCCUCCUCCUUUGACCACAUUUGUCAAGGAGUCAAAUACAAAGUUUGAUGUUUUAGAGACAACUAGGACUCAAAGAUUCAUUCCUACUUGUUACCAUUGUGGUGUGAAAGGUCACAUUCGACCUAGGUGUAGUGCUCUAAGGAAUGUGUCUAGAUCAACCAAUGCAAAUGACUUUAAAAACCAUGUUUCAUCUCUUAAAACAUGUGAGCUUGCAAAAUCUAUUAUUUGUACAAGAGAUAAACAUUCUUCACUUGCAAAAUUUGGUUUUCAACAACCAAAAAGGAAUUUUGAGCAAAAGCCUUUUGUUCAUUUCAAGAAAGUAAAUGAUGACUCAUUUCAAACUCAAGUGAAUGAUCUUCUUUAUAAAGUUGUCAAAAUUCCUAAGGUGAUCUCUUUGCCUCAUAAAGUCUCAAAAGUGAAGCAAGUUUGGAUCAAGAAGGAAGACCAUGUUCUUUCUCAUGUUGGUGACUAG